AUGUUGUUCGGGUUAUCAGUUUUUCUAUUUCUCGCCGUCCUGACAGCAGGUUGCGCCAACGACAAAAGAAAUGCAUCUCGAAAAUCAUCGAAGUCAAAAGGAAAGUCUGGAAGAUCUGGAAAGUCUUCGAAAUCUGGAAGAUCGUCCAGAAAAUCCAGCAAAAGAUCGUCGAAGUCUAAAAAAUCCAGAAAGAGUUCGAAAUCUGGAAGAAAAUCGAAAUCUGGCAAAUCCAGCUCUUCCAAACGUCAACCAAAAAGAAAAUCGGCUUCCGAUGUAAGUUCAAAACUAGGGUUUCUUCAUAGUUCUAUUGAUAAUUUUUUUUGCAGCUCCGCGUUCAAGCUGCAAUUUCAGCUGACAAAAUGGCUGCAAAAUCGGCAAUCCAACCAUCAUCCGAAAUGACAACUCAUUCCGAAUGUUCUGAACACGAAGGACACAAUAUUACUUAUGCUAACAUUCGUGUGAUUCCUCAUGAGAUUAUUUUCAAGCAAAUUGGAGGACUCAAAACUAUUCGUAUCAAAAACUCGACCCCAACUCCGAUCGUUUACAUGGUAAAGUUUUGAGUAAUGAACCAAAAAAAAAACUAGAACACUUUUUUCGUGCACAAUUUUUCAAUGGUCUUCUUCUAGAUCAAAUGCUCGGACAAUAUGUUGUACAGUAUCACUCCGGUAUACGGUAGCAUUGGUGCAAAUGAAGAGACAAAUGUCAAUAUUCUUCGUGAAAACGGUAUUGCCAAACACGACAAGCUCAUUCUCAUCACCGCAAAACAAGAAGGCGAUGUCUCACCAGCUCAUAUUUUUGCCGAAAUGUACAAAAAGAAUUCAUUGGAUUAUAAUGUGAACAUGGUUCCAUUGAUUGCAAGAAACUAA